GUUGAAAACACAGCGGAGCCGCGGCUCGAUUAGUGGGAUGUUUGUUUAGGUCUUCGUUUUACCAGUCAACACAGUAAUCUCAAAUAAAAGCCCCGUAAGACAGGCUUAUGUGCACCGUGCCGCUGGAUCUCCGCUCCGGGGUGCUCAGAGUGUCAGCCGGCGUUGAGAUCUUUCACAGCACUGCUACAUCAAAAUGGGUGUGAUCAGUGUGCAGCUGGUGGUUACCAUGGUAAUGGCCAGCGUGAUUCAGAAGAUCAUACCCCACUAUUCGUUUGCACGAUGGCUCCUCUGCAGUGGCAGCUUGCGAUGGUACCAACACCCCACAGAAGACGAGCUGAGGACUCUGGCUGGAAAGCAGCAGAAAGGUGGCAAGAGCAAAAAGGACAGAAAGUACAAUGGGCACUUAGAGAAUAAGCCGAUGACUAUUCCCAAAGACAUCGACCUUCAACUGGAGACAAAGUGCAUCGCAGAAGUGGACACACUGGCUCUACAUUAUUUUCCUGAAUUCCAGUGGUUGGUGGAUUUCACGGUGGCCGCCACGGUGGUGUAUCUCAUCACUGAGUUGUACUUCUGUGUGGCGGAGCCCAGUGGAGAGAUGAACAUCAGUGUGGUGUGGAGUCUGCUGGUCUUAGCCUUUGUCAUGAAGAUCCUUUUCUCCCUCACGGCUCACUACUUCAGACUAGAAGAAGGCGGUGAGCGUUCCCUCUGCAUCACCUUUGCCUUUUUCUUCUUUGUGAAAGCCAUGGCUAUCCUUAUCGUCACAGAGAACUACUUGGAAUUUGGCCUCGAGACAGGCUUUGCAAAUUUUUCCGAAAGUGCCGUGCAGUUUUUGGAGAAUCAAGGCCUCGAGUCUCAGGGCCCCAUAUCCAAGCUAACCUUUAAGCUGAUCCUGGCACUUCUCUGCGCUCUCAUUGGAGCCUUUCUCACCUUCCCCGGCCUGCGAUUGGCCCAGAUGCAUCUCGAUGCCCUCACGCUAAACAACUGCAAAGUCACACAGACUUUGCUGCAUAUCAACUUCUUGGCCCCUUUAAUCAUGGUACUGCUAUGGGUGAAGCCCAUAACAAAGGAUUACAUAACAAAUCCCACAUUUGGAAAAGACAAUGUGCCUUUAAUGUCUGAGAAGACGUAUGACACAUUGCGUCUGUGGGUGAUCCUGCUUCUCUGUGUGCUGAGACUAGCCAUGAUGCGGCAUCAUCUCCAGGCCUACCUCAACUUGGCCCAGAAGGGCGUCUUACAAAUGAAGAAGGAAGCGGGACGCAUUAGUACUGUGGACCUCCAAAAAAUGGUGGCCCGAGUCUUUUACUACCUGUGUGUAAUAGCUCUACAGUACAUUGCGCCUCUGGUGAUGCUGUUACACACUACUUUGCUGCUAAAGACAUUAGGUGGACACUCGUGGGUGAUUUACUCUGAUGAGAGUUUGCCGUGUCUAUCAAACGAGGACUCUAGCCCUGCCGAGGUGGGGCAAAGCCAGAUGGAGGCCUCUCAAACUGUGGCCCAGCUGUCGGUUGCACUUGGGGGGCUGAGGACUGUUUUCUCCCCCUUGCUUUUUCGAGGGCUUCUGUCUUUCUUCACUUGGUGGAUCGCCGCGUGUUUGUUCUCCACCUCUCUCUUCGGCCUUUUCUACCACCAGUAUCUGAUGGCUGCAUAGCAUCUUUAAGGGCUUGUUUCGACUGAACUUUGCAGCACGAGGCACUCAAACAUUCCCCUUUCCUACAACCAUAUCAGUCGGGUUCUUCUCUGAAGGACUUCCGCAUUGUUUUAAACUAACAAAUUCACAAACGACAACAGUCAUAAUUCACUCACUGUAAUAUUCAUCAAUGCAUCAACGAACAGGGGAUGCCAACUGAAGGAGACCUUGAAAUGCUGACUUUUUUAUGAGCCACUAGAAGGUUGGAAGGAAGGGAUCACUCAUGGUCUUUGAUGUACUUCAUUUUAUUUUUAAUGAAUUUCAUAAGAACGACGAUUUUUAAUAGCAUUUUUUUUUUUUUUGUUAUUAUACUUCUCUUAAGUAGAUACUGGGUUCUGCUGUACGAGAGGUUUUCAUUGUUGGUAUGUGAAGUCAAAACAGUGUUUUUAGUCAAGCUGGGAGAGUGAAGUGAGGGGAUUCAUCCAGGAGAAAUGUGCGUAUUAAAGGUGUAUUUAUUUGUCUAUUGUCUGAGGGUCUGAACCCAGCUUCCUCGCCAGGAGUAUUUCAUUUGACUGAAGAAGACUGAUAGAUAAUUUAAGUGUGUGUGAGCGCGCAAGCGCAUGUGAGAGUGACGGUUUGUGUGUUAACAUCAGUGCCUGCAGGCUCCCAGUGACCCCUGCUGCUGGUGGGUAAAUCUAAAAAGGGCAUUUUGAUCAAGUAUAAAAGCUAACUCAAAAAAACUGUCUAAAGCAGUGGCCUCCGCUCAUCUGAUACCCUUCCCCGUCAUUUAACCGGUCAGAUGUUUCACUUUGAAUUUCGGGUCCAGUGACUUCAAACACAUCCUCUAAGUGGGCUCCAUGUUUCUGGAUAGAGCUUAUUGAUUUUCUGUAAAGCAUCAAGUAACAGGAUUGGAUUUGUUUCAUGUGAAGGUGCCAAGUAUGCUUGUUUUCCCCCAUGAGUGUGUACAGUAUUUCCCGCUGGAAAUCGGAAGCACACAUGUAGAGGUGCAAGCCAAAAGAGAACAUGCAGCUUGAUCACAAAGAAACAUAGUUUAAUGAGGUCCACUUUAAUAUUGUAUGAUUGGGCACUACAGUUAGAAAAACUGCACAGAGGCAUAUCAGGUAUGUUUUUUUUUCUUUUUCUUUUUUUUUUUGUGUCUGUUAGUCAUUUUUAAGUGUUGACCUACUGUAAAGUCUUAUUCUCACCCUCUGUUUUGAGUUUUGAGGAGGGUACGCAGACAAUGAAUGUAUUGAUCCUGCCUGAUUUUUGAUUGUUGUUAUGAUGGAUUUUAUUUUAACAAAUCUACAGCUCUUUGCAUUAACAAAUAUCAGUUGAAUCAAUCCUCCAAGGACAUUUAUCAUCAACAGCACAAUCAACAUUUGUCUAUAUGCUGAAGCCUUUUUUAUUUUAGUUGUUGAUUCUCAAGCUGUGAACAUUGAAGGACACAAAUUUUAUUUUAGCUGUAAACAUUCACAUCCUUUAUUAAUCAGCAAUGGGCAAUUUAGUCUUAACCUUUAGGAUUUAGUUCACUGCCUUAUUAUGAUUUCCCCACCAUUAAAAAUCAGAAAAAUGACCAAAAUUGAUUAAAAAUAAACUUUAUUAAAUUGUUACUAAGUACAACACCUUUUUACGGUUUUUUUCAGUAAGCAUGUAUGUUAACAUUUCUGACCCUAAUGCCAAAUAACAGUGUACGAGGCUCAUGACUGAUCCAUACUGAGAUAUUGUAGACAAAUCACUUUUCUUCUCUUCAGUAUUCCAGUAGAGACGUAUCUGUUUUAAAACCCUUGGGCCUGAACUGAUCUGUCGGUCUAAUGCAUUUAACUUUAUUUAUUAUUUUUCAGUUUGUUUAAUAAAUGAUUGUCAA